CCGCCACCCGCUCCCGUCCCCAUGGCGUCCGUCUCCCGCGCCCCCGCGAAGCCCCCGCAGAUCCUAGUCCUCGACCCACCCACGGACCUCAAGUUCAAAGGCCCCUUCACCGCGGUAGCCACGGCGCAUCUUAAACUGCGCAACCCGUCGACGAGGAAAGUGUGCUUCAAGGUGAAGAGCACCAGCCCUCGGCGCUACUGCGUGCGGCCCAACAGCGGCGUCAUCGAGCCAGGCUGCACAGUGACGGUCGCCGCCAUGCUGCAGCCCUCCUGCUGCGGCCCCAGCCAGGAGGUCAAGCACAAGUUCAUGGUGCAGACAGUGUUUGCUCCUCCGGACACUUCAGAUCUGGAGGCCGUGUGGAGGGGGGUAAACCCCGGGGAAUUAAUGGAUUCGAAAUUAAGGUGUGUAUUUGAAGCGCCGACAGAAAGUGACAAACUGGAAGAUGGCUUGAGACUCAGAAAGGUAGCGCAUCCUGACAAGCCAGGACCCUCCUCCUGCACGUCCUUGAAGAAGGGUUAUACCACGCCUCUUCCUGUUGUUCUGCUGGUGAUCGGAGCAGUUUUCUUUGGAUUCUUUCUAGGGAAACUCGUCUUGUAGAGUGAGGCACGCACAGCACUAUACCUCACCCUACCCCCACUUAGAUCAGAAAAAAAAAAAAAAAUCUUUACCCAACAUCUCAUUGGAAGUAUGGCCCGCCCGCGGUGACAAACUUUAUGUGCGUGUAGAGUCACAUAGGCUUCGCCCCUAAUGAUCUCUUGUGAUUGGAGGACGCAAUAAAGGAAAAAAAUAAAGAACUGUUGGGC